GAGCCUCUGUCCUUACAGUCCUGUCUACUCUCAGUCCAGGACUUCUGCUCUGUAGACACAUAGUAGGUUCUGGUCUUGAAGCCGACCUAUCCUUCACAUGAACCCUCCAUCCGACAAAGCUUUGUCUCAAGCUCCUGCUUGUCUUUAAGUAGCUGGUCUCUCUCUUUGACGCAGCUAUUCCCGUCUGCCUUUAGCUGCUCUAUCUCAGCAGCCUUCACGUUGGUCAGGUUGUUUAAUUCUGCCUUCAGCUGGUCAAUUUGAGCAGAUGUCAUGUUGGUCAGGUUGCUGAUGUGUGCCUUUAAAUUGUCCUCCUUGGUGGAGCUCAUGUAAUGUAGGAAGUAAUCGUAGGAAGAUACUCAAGCACAUGACCGUGAAGCCCACAGCAAGAAGCAGGUCCACGCCCCGUGACGGCCUUGUUGCUGCCUAUCUCCUCUUGGUGUUUGGCCCUGGACACAGAGUGGGUCAACAUUUAUGUAUGUGUCCUCUGCCAUCUUCAGAUACACCACUUUUCAGAGGCAGGUAGCCCAGUGAUGGAGACUGCUGUGGGCUUCAUCCUGGGUGCGAUCGCUGGCUGUGCCCUGGGAGCCACGGAGGGACCCAUGAACCAGGCGAUGGCGGAGCUGACUUCUGGGCCACACCUGAAGGUGGUGACGGAGGCCGUGGGAGACGUGGGGCCCCUGGGUGUCGGGACGCUCCUCGGGGCCACAGCCCUCUCCGCCGCCGUGGUGUCAGCCGUGACGGGAGUGACGAUGGCGUCCCUGGUGACUCUGAUGCUACUCAGAGUGAGGGGACGCAGAGACGGGUCCCUGGGAGUCAGGGUGCUCGCGUGGGUAACCUCCGGGCUCGCCUCUGCUGUCGGGGCGACGGCCAGCGGAGCGACACUCGGGGUCGGGAUUGAGAUGCUCGCACAGGCCUCCGUGACGGCUGGACUGCUGGGGGGACUGGUGGCGUUAGCCCUGCUGACACCAUUCCUGCGUGCUACCCUCUUGCGGCUCGGGGAAGGGGAGCGGCUCUGCUGCGGGCUUCUGGAUCCCAGCGAGGAGGACAGGGAGAGGGAGCGGAGGCGGCAGGAGGCGGCAGUGGUUGAGCAGAGGCAGAGGGUCACCGUGGAGAUGGAGCAGAGGAUAACGAUGCUGAAGGAGGACGGCGCCGGAGACGGGGACGCCGCGCAGCAGCAUCGGGCCGUCUGGGAGACGCAGUGGCGGGAGAGGAAGGAGGCCGAGAGGGAGGAGAGGGAGCGGACGGUGCUGGAGACGGAACAAAGGAGAGUCUCUGAGCGCGUCACCAAGGCGAUGGCCCAGUACGCGGACCUGCUGGCGUUCUCGGGCAUCCCGAUGACGGUGACGGCGACCGUGACAACGGGCCUCGGGCUGUUCGGGUACGGGGACUACCGCUUUGUCUUCGUGGUUCUGCUCGCGCUGGUCCUCGUCAUGACCUUUGCCCUCAUGAGGUCGGCGAACCUGAGCUUCUGGAAGUUCGCCGGCUGCAUGGGCCUGUUCGCCACCUUCGCCAUCGCCGUGCUGACUGUGCACGCCGGACAGGAAGUGGCCGGGGCCUCGGCCAGGCUGAAAGCGGCGGGGAGAACGGUGCCGCCCCGCGAGAGCAUCGCCACCGCCAUGAGGCAGCGCUCGUCCCUGGAGGCCGUCGCCGCGGGCUUCUUCGUGGCCAAGCUCUGCCAGGUGGGCCUCGGGGCCUCCGUAGGAGGACCUCUGGGAAGGCAGGUGGACGGGAAGAUCGUGGUGGGGGCCGCAGGGGCUGUGGCGGCUAUCAUUGGUCUGGUACGAGUCUCGGCCGGGUUUCUGGGAGCAGGGGGCACGGCGGGGGCACUGCUCGGGGCAGUCGGGGCAUCUGGGGUGUCUCUGGGGUCAGCGGCGGCCAUCGCUGUAGGCUGGUCCACGUGGGCGGGGACUGUCGGCACAACAGUGGGAAUGGUAACUGGGGCAUUAGCCACUGGGAAAUGGGACGUUCCCAACUUAAUUCAAGUGCCUGUUGCGUAUAUGUUUGCUAUGACCAACCCCUACUGAAAAAGCUACAGUACGGCCUAUUUAUUACUUCAGUCAGAUAUAAAAACAUAAUCUAACUUACAGUAAAUAAUUGCAUCCUCAGAGAUGCCUGAAUCACUGCUGACUGCCAGUAAAUAUAUUUUACUUUAUAAAUUUUAUAUUUGUUUUCCAACAAAUGUAAACAUAGUUUUAUAAGGAUAUGUGAAAGUGUAAAAUGCAAAGACAAUGCUGUUUGACACACAACAUUGAUAUCUUAUGAUAAAGAACCAGACAGUUUUUGCUAUUUGAAUAUAUGUAUUUCUAAAUAUUUAAAGUUCCAUUAAAAUUUUAAAAU